GAUGAGGAGGAGGAAGGUGCGUGGCCCCUGACUUCCCUCCCUCACGAAGGUGCCAGCCUGGACCCCUCAUCAGUGUCCCCUGAGGAAGAAGUGCCAACAAUGCCACCAGAGGGCCUGAAAUGCCUCGAGGACUUUUGGAACAGUCUGCCUCUUGAUGGAGUGUACUGUAACGCUACUUGGGACACCUUGUACUGCUGGCCGGCGACGCAGGCGGGCAAGACGGCCAAGGAAUCUUGUGCUACAGUCUUCAGCGAAGUGCCGGACCUCUUCAACUAUCCUGAAGCUUUCGCGUACCGUGAGUGUGACGGGACGGGGACCUGGCUAUGGAACGGCUGGACCAACUACUCCCAGUGUCUGAGCGUCAUUGACCACCAGGAUUGGCUGUGCAAGACGCUGCUGGCCCUCGGGAUGUACGCCCAGAUGGCCUCCAUCAACUGGAUGUUCGUGGAGGGCCUCUUCUUGCACUCCAGACUCACCUCUAAUGUCUUCGACUCCGGCGCUCCCUUCACUCUCUACUACACCAUAGGCUGGGGCUGGUCGCUUGUGUUCCUGGUGGCCUGGGCCACGGCCAUGGCUAUCCAUCACCCAGUCCAUUGCUGGCGGGGCUACGCUGUCCUCCCCUACGUCUGGAUCCUGGUGGCCCCCAUGGUCACUGCUCUCAUGAUUAACCUCCUCUUCCUGGUCAACAUCAUCAGGAUCCUGGUGACCAAACUACGCGCCAGUGAUGCCGUCGAGACCACGCAAGUCAGGAAGGCGAUCAAGGCGACGGCUGUGCUCUUUCCCCUGCUGGGGAUCACCAACCUGCUCUUUGCUGUUAACCCUGGCAAGGGUGACCUCGAGGGCGCCUACAUGCUCACCAACGCUCUCCUUCAGUCCUCCCAGGGUGUGUUCGUAUCGGUGCUGUACUGCUUUCUGAACGGCGAGGUGCAGGAGCUUCUUCGGAAGCGAUGGCGCCAGUACCGCAUGAGGCAGCUAGGAUACCCUGCCACGCACCGGAGAAAAAGCACCAAGAGCACAAUCAUCCUGGAGACCUCCCUCUCCCUCAGACCCAGCCCGCAACCCACGCCUCAGCACUCAAGGGUUCAAGCGCACACCAACCACGCUCUCGAGACGUCGGUGGUGUGAUGGAUUUCCCCUCAGGUCCCGCCACUUUGCUGACCACUCUUCGGCAAUCGUGGCUCUCACAGCAACGUCCCUAAAACAACAAACCCCCGUCAGUUUUGGCCCUGCCAACUUUGAGACUAUUAGCUGUGCUCUCGAGAAGAUGAAAUAUUUUGGUCAUUGUUCUUCCAAGUAGCUCAUGGCUAAAUUCACGGCAUUAUUAGCCAUAUCUCAUGCAAGUCUAAUGCUGGUAAGUGAGCGCCUCUUAACGCUCUCGUCAUUUUCCAGUUACCAUCCACCUGCUUACAUCAGCGCUUGAUAGACAGGUGGUCUGGACCAUUGGAACCUGCCCACCACAGCCUGGAGACACCUGUGUGGGCAGGUCUAGUCCAUUGGGCCCUACCUACCACAGCCUGCAGACACCUGUGUGGGCAGGUUUAGACUACAGGACCUUGCCCACCACAGCCCGGAAACACCUGUGUGGGCAGGUCUAAACCACUGUACCUUGCCCAACACAGCCUGCAGACACCUGUGUGGGCAUGACUAGACUCUGGACCCUGCCCACCACAGCACGGAGACACCUGUGUGUGGGCAGGCUCCAAAGACAUCUACAUUAAACAUCGGCUUCUUCCGCUCCGCGAAGCUUAGUAGAGCCCCACAAACCACAGAUUGGAGACAUCUGUGGUUUGUUUAAGCUCUUCUAACCAUUAGUUGGUGCUAUAAUCAGUUAUAUAUGUGUGUAGGUUAUAUAUAAUAAGCCUAUGCCGUAAUAAAGUGAUUCUUUUAUGUUUUGUUUUCAAGGACUAAGUCGUUAUAGCUACCUAUCUUCGUCUGUCUAGCUAAACCUACUGUACUGUACAUACAUUUCAACUGAUGCAAAGUUGUAUAUAAACCCUCAGAUGCAAGUUUAGGAAUUGUGGAAUCUGUAUUGCAGAUAUUGACAUUGAUAAUUUAUUUGUUUUAAGUAGAGUAUUUGUAAAAUAUAUUUCUUAUUGAUCAUAGAAGGUUUAUGGAACUGUUGACACGCAGUGAUAAUGAUACUGAAUAUGGAAGGGGCUGUAUUACAUGCAGUGAUGGUGACACAUGGAAGAAACUGUAUUACUUUCAGUGAUGGUGACACAUAGAAGGAACUGUAUUACAUGCAGUGAUGGUGAGACAUGGCAGGGGACUGAAUCACAUGUAGUGAUGGUGACACAGAAGAAACUGUAUCACAUGCAGUGAUGGUGAGACAGAAGAAACUGUAUCACAUGCAGUGAUGGUGACACAUAGAAGGAACUGUAUCACAAACAGUGAUGGUGAGACAUGGUUGGGGUCUAUCAUAUGCAGUGACAAGAAAGUGCAUUGCUUUAUCUUUUGCCUCUUUACAUCGUUUUGAAUUGUACUUCUGGGAGCGCACAUAGGUGGAAAGUAUAUUACUUUCCAUUGAAAUUUUCCCCUUGUCAUUUUAAUGAAGUGUAAUCUUUAAUACGUACCGAGCCGCAUCUUGACUUCCUCCGAGCCUUCACUGUAUUAUUGUAAAGACAAUUGUACCUUGAUAUUAACAUCUUGUACAAUACCGAGGUUUCUAAAUUUGAUAUUUUCUAUAUAUUUCGUGAUGCCAAUGGCUGUGUGUGUGUGUUAGUGUUUAUGUCGUGAGUAUU